GGCCGUGGCCUCCUCAGGGCGGCCGCGGGCUCCGCACGGCCUCGCCCGGCCUCGGGGAGGUGCCGCUGACCAGCGAGCGGUACCGCGUGCGGCGCCUGCCCUUCUCCCGCCUCAGCCCCCGGGACGUGGCGUUCUUCGAGCGCCUGAUGCCGGGCAGAGCCGUCACGGACCCGGAGGAGUUGGAACCGUUUAACGUGGACUGGCUGAAGUCGGUCCGAGGCUGUAGCAAGCUGUUGCUGAAGCCGCAGACAGCAGCGGAGGUGUCUCAGGUUCUCAGGUACUGCUCUGAGAGGAACCUGGCAGUGAACCCGCAGGGGGGUAACACGGGCCUUGUCGGGGGCAGCGUUCCUGUCUUCGAUGAGAUCAUUCUCUCCACUGUUCUCAUGAGCCGGAUCAUCAGCUUUGACACCGUGUCUGGAAUCCUUGUGUGCCAAGCUGGCUGCAUCUUAGAGAAACUCAACGAGUACUUGGAGGAGCGGGGGUUUAUCAUGCCUCUUGACUUGGGAGCGAAAGGUAGCUGCCACAUCGGUGGUAACGUGGCCACAAAUGCUGGAGGCUUGCGGCUCCUGAGAUACGGCUCCCUCCGAGGGACCGUGCUAGGACUGGAAGUGGUGCUGGCAGAUGGCACAGUCCUGGACUGCUUGGCAUCUCUGCGCAAAGACAACACUGGCUACGAUUUGAAGCAGCUUUUCAUCGGAUCUGAGGGGACCUUGGGAGUUAUCACGGCUGUCUCCAUACUCUGCCCUCAGAAACCGAAGGCUGUGAAUCUGGCAUUCCUAGGGUGUCAGAAUUUCUCUCAGGUUCUGGAAACCUUUACAACCUGCAGAGCCAUGCUGGGAGAGAUCCUGUCUGCCUAUGAGUUCAUGGAUGAGAAGUGCAUGGAAUUGGUUGAGAAACAUCUCAAGCUAUCCUGCCCAGUAAGAGACAGCCAUUUUUAUGUUUUAAUUGAAACUUCGGGCUCUAACUCAACCCACGAUGAAGAAAAAUUGAACAGCUUCCUAGAACAGGCCAUGACUUCUGGAUUAGUCACUGAUGGAACUGUGGCAACAGAUGAUAAGAAGAUAAAGAUGCUGUGGAGCCUCCGGGAGAGGAUCACAGAGGCUCUCACUCACGACGGCUGUGUUUACAAAUACGACAUCUCCCUGCCUGUGGGGAAGCUGUAUGAUCUCAUGACUGACAUGAGGGCUCGGCUGGGCCAGAGUGCCAAAAAUGUGGUGGGCUACGGCCACUUGGGAGAUGGAAACUUGCACUUGAACAUCACAGCAGAAUCCUACAGCCAUUCCCUGCUGGAUGCCAUUGAACCAUUUGUGUAUGAGUGGACUGCAAGAUACAAUGGCAGUAUCAGUGCAGAGCACGGAUUGGGCUUCAAGAAAAAGCAGUUCAUUCAGUACAGCAAACCCAGCGAGGCAGUCUUUUUAAUGCAGCGCUUCAAAGCCAUGUUAGACCCCAAAGGGAUCCUCAAUCCAUACAAGACACUGCCCUCCAGCUCCUGAAGCAACAUGUUCUGAGAAGCAAGCAGGUGCCAUCACGAGAGGACGACGUCUCUAGCUCGGACAGACUUAAAUAUUGGAAGGAUGAGAAGUGUCUAUGGCUGCUCAACACCUUGAAGCAGCAGUCUUCUGGCAUGGUGAGGAAGGACUUGACUCUCUCCUAACCGAGUGGGCUGUAUGGAGCUGUUCAUCCUGCCCCAGCGAACUCUGUGUCACCUGCAUGACCUUCAUUGCUUCCAGUCUUGGAGAAAGCCAGCGCUGAGCUACGUCAAAGAUUUCUUUAUGGCACCAUAUUUUCUGCAUAACCAAACCUGAACAGGUGGGACAUUUCUUGUACAACACCCAAGGAGUGAGC